CACCCCCACCUGGGCCCUCCUCGGCUAGACAGUGGGGGUGGGGAGGCGGGGCGUGUCUCCGGAGAGCAGGGUGUGGCCAGUGGUCCAGCUGGUCACUCACUGAUGGCCAGCCUGUCCCGACCCGGGAGAGUUCCCCCUACUCCCCAGCAUGCCGGCGGGCCGGGUGGGCUGAGGGUGCGGAACACCCCGAGAUCGCGGCCCGCUGGCGGAGCUCAGAGCAGGCGUGGGGAGGUGCUGCGGCUCCCGGCUGUCAGCGCCUGCCACCCUCCCGGCUUCACUUCCUCCCGCAGCCCCCGCCGCCCCGGAGGCCCGGGAACCCAGCGGUCCGCGGCCCCGGCCGCCGCGCCCUAGCCUCGGCCUGCGGGUCCUCAGCCAGACCUCCUAUCCCACCCCAGGGCUGGGAAGAAGGACAAGCCCCUGACAGCUCUGUGUCUGCCGAGGUUUGAGCUGGACAAAGCAGCCUCAUUCACUUAGGAUGGCCUCGCCCUCCAGCCCUUUGGCGUUCAGGCUCCAGAUAUCAGAUGGAGGCCAAGAAGAUGGCGGUGAGGUGGACAAAGGAGGCCGUGGAGAUGGGCCACCCCCCAUGGAGUCACCAUUCCAGGGGGAAGACCGGAACUCCUCCCCUCAGAUCAAAGUGAACCUCAACUAUCGCAAACGAGCAGGUGUCAGCCAGCCGGACCCAAACCGCUUUGACCGUGAUCGGCUCUUCAGCGUGGUUGCCCGAGGUGUCCCCGAGGAUCUGGCUGGGUUACCAGAGUACUUGUCCCGGACCAGCAAGUACCUCACCGACUCGGAGUACACAGAGGGCUCCACGGGCAAGACGUGCCUAAUGAAGGCAGUGUUGAACCUUCGGGAUGGGGCCAACGCCUGCAUCCUGCCAUUGCUUCAGAUCGACCGGGACUCUGGCAAUCCCCAGCCCCUGGUCAACGCCCAAUGCACAGAUGAGUACUACCGAGGCCACAGUGCCCUCCAUAUUGCCAUUGAGAAGAGGAGUCUGCAGUGUGUGAAGCUCUUGGUGGAGAACGGGGCCAAUGUGCAUGCCCGGGCCUGCGGCCACUUCUUCCAGAAAAAGAGCCAAGGGACUUGCUUCUACUUUGGCGAGCUGCCCCUCUCUCUCGCUGCGUGCACCAAGCAGUGGGACGUAGUGACCUACCUCCUGGAGAACCCGCACCAGCCCGCCAGCCUACAGGCGGCCGACUCCCUGGGCAACACGGUGCUGCACGCCUUGGUGAUGAUCGCAGACAACUCAGCCGAGAACAGUGCCCUGGUAAUCCGCAUGUAUGAUGGGCUUCUCCGCACCGGGGCCCGCCUCUGUCCCACCGUGCAGCUCGAGGACAUCCCCAACCUGCAGGGCCUCACACCCCUGAAGCUGGCCGCCAAGGAGGGCAAAAUCGAGAUUUUCAGGCAUAUCCUGCAGCGGGAGUUCUCAGGGCCAUGCCAGUCCCUUUCCCGAAAGUUUACCGAGUGGUGCUACGGGCCAGUCCGGGUGUCGCUGUAUGACCUGGCCUCCGUGGACAGCUGGGAGGAGAACUCAGUGCUGGAGAUCAUCGCCUUUCAUUGCAGAAGCCCGCACCGACACCGAAUGGUGGUUUUGGAGCCGCUGAACAAGCUGCUGCAGGCGAAAUGGGAUCUGCUAAUCCCCAAAUUCUUCUUUAACUUCCUGUGUUACUUGACCUACAUGCUUCUCUUCACCGCUGUUGCCUACCACCAGCCGGCCCUGGAGAAGCCCUUCUUCCCCCCGAAAGUGACUGCUGGAGACUCCAUGCUGCUGCUGGGCCACAUCCUGAUCCUGCUUGGGGGGGUCUACCUCCUGGUGGGCCAGCUGUGGUACUUCUGGAGGCGCCGUCUGUUCAUCUGGAUCUCCUUCGUGGACAGCUACUUUGAACUGCUCUUCCUGGCGCAGGCCCUGCUCAUGGUGCUGUCCCAGGCGCUGUGCUUCCUGGCCGUGGAGUGGUACCUGCCCCUGCUGGUGUCCUCGCUGGUGCUGGGCUGGCUGAACCUGCUUUACUACACCCGUGGCCUGCAGCACACGGGCAUUUACAGUGUCAUGAUCCAGAAGGUCAUCCUGCGGGACCUGCUCCGCUUCCUGCUCGUCUACUUAGUCUUCCUUUUUGGCUUCGCUGUAGCCCUGGUGAGCCUGAGCCGGGAAGCCCGGGCCCCCGGGGUCCCCACCGGCCCCAAUGUCACGGAGGCAGUGCAGCCUGGGGCAGGACAGACGGAUGAGGAGGGCAGCGCGCCCCCCUACGGCAGCAUCCUGGACGCCUCCCUGGAGCUGUUCAAGUUCACCAUCGGCAUGGGCGAGCUGGCCUUCCAGGACCAGCUGCGCUUCCGCGGGGUGGUGCUGCUACUGCUGCUGGCCUACGUGCUGCUUACCUACAUCCUGCUGCUCAACAUGCUUAUCGCCCUCAUGAGCGAGACGGUCAACAGUGUCGCCACCGACAGCUGGAGCAUCUGGAAGCUGCAGAAAGCCAUCUCUGUCCUGGAGAUGGAGAAUGGCUAUUGGUGGUGCAGGAGGAAGAAACAGCCGGCCGGUGUGAAGCUGACCAUUGGCACCAGGCCGGAUGGCAGCCCGGACGAGCGUUGGUGCUUCAGGGUGGAGGAAGUGAACUGGGCCGCCUGGGAGCAGACACUGCCCACCGUGUGUGAGGAGCCAUCAGGGCCGGCCGUCCCUGGCACCUUGAAGAAUCCUGCCCCAGCCUCCCAACUGGAGGAGGACACUGCCUCAGAGGAAGAUCAGCUGCCCCUCCAGCUCCUAAAAUCCCAAUAAUGGCCCAGAUGCAGGACAGAGUCAGGGAUCUUCCCAGCCCUACCUGCUGGCUAUGGGGCUCCAGGGAACUUUGGUGGCAAAUGUAAAUAAAUAUUUUCUCAUCACUAA